AUGUUUAACAAUUUUUUCGGCAAAAAACCUACGGUGAAAGAACAACAACGUGAAAAUGAUCGAAGCUUGCGGAAAGCGGGCCGUGAUAUUGAGCGGGAGCGUAGGAAAUUGGAGGAAGAGGAGAGAAAAUUGGAAUUGGAAAUAAAGAAAAAUGCGGCAGCUGGUAACAAGGAUGCAUGCAAAAUUCUUGCCAAACAAUUGGUUGAACUACGAAAGCAGAAAACGCGAACGUACGCAGCGAAUAGCAAGAUCACCUCGAUAGGUUUUCAAAACAAGGCAAUGGGUGCGAAUAUCGCAUUAUCAAAUGCAAUGGCGUCCACAACAAAAACAAUGGCUGAUAUGAAUAGGGUAAUGAAUCCUGAAGGUAUUUCGAAGAACAUGCGGGACUUCCAGCAGGCUAACAUGAAGAUGGAAAUGACCGACGAAAUGAUCAACGACACAUUGGAUGAUAUGCUAACUGAAUCGGGUGAUGAAGAUGAGACGAACGGCAUUAUCGAUAAAGUUCUCGAUGAAAUUGGUAUUGAAGUUUCAGGAAAGAUGUCCGAAGCUCCUUCAGCUGGAAGCACGAAGUUGAGUGACACAGUAGCAGCUGAAAAGGAUAUUGAAGCCCAACUAGCUAAAUUGCGUUCUAAUUAGACAAUAAGCCUCUAUAUUUUUAUGCACACUAUUUUGUUAAACAUUGUUAUAUGAAUCUGGUUAGUCCAAGUAAAAUGAAAUGAGCAUAAGCCUUCAAUCGUUUAUUAAAGAAGAAAAGAAAUUAUGUAAAUAAAGACAUUUGAUACAAU